UCAUCCCAUCAGGGGGCAGCACACCACAAACCACCGACUGUACCGAAGGAAGCAAAUCGAAACUCCUCAAUGAGUUCACCUUCACAUAAAUAGUUGGUCCCCCCUUCUCUGAAGAUCGUUUGCUGUCUUGACAAAAUGAAUGGCUCUCUGCCCUCCUCACCCAACGUGGUGGACAUAAAACUGAAGCGAGGAUCGGCAGGCUUGGGAUUCAACAUAGUUGGGGGCGUGGACCAGCAGUAUGUAGUGGCUGACAGUGGCAUAUACGUGUCCAAAAUUAAAGAAGAUGGAGCCGCUGCAUUGGACGGAAGACUCCAAGAGGGGGACAAGAUCCUGGCGAUCAACGGAAUCAAGCUUGAGAAUCUGACCCAUAAAGCUACAGUUGAUCUGUUCAGGACAGCAGGGGAGGACGUGGAGCUCCGGGUUCUGAAAAAGUUUCCCCAACACAUGAACGGACCCACAGGCUCACAACCUGAGCACAAAUCUCCAGUGUCUUCUCUGGGUAUGCUGGCUGCUUUAUUGGGAGUUGCAAGCAUCUUUGCAUUCAUUUACAUUCGGAACCAUAGGAGGCACUUUUAACAAAGCUGCCGUUGUCUGCAUAUUAUUUUUAAAAUCAAAAACUUUGCUUAAGGCCAAAGAAAAGAAAGCGGGAACAAACUCUAAACAGUAGAAGUUAUUUUUUUUUUUUUUUAUUAGUAGCUGUUGGUGUCACUGAUGAGUUUCUCCAUGUUCAUGUUUAUUAUGUGAUUUAAUGGUAGCUCCUUGACACCCUUCCUAUGCAAAAGGAUCCGCUCUGACCACAGAGAUUACUUUAAAUAGAUAGCUUUGUGAUUGUAAUGAGUAGAAGGAUGCACAUUCCUGCUGCUGGGCUGAGCUGGGCUGAGCUCGGGCAGAAACAAACGGUAUACUGCCCGUAUACAGAAGUUGUAUGCAGAAUAUUUUUAAAUCCUUGGGUCAAGUCAGACUGGCUCAAGCUUUAGGGUCCAUUUCCAGACUUAAAGACAGUGUUGUGUUCAGUCACUCGUAGGCCUCUCUGUACCUCCAUCCCUGAAUGGCAGAUCUGUCUGAGGGCCGACGUUAAGAGGAACUCACUGUACUUUGUUUGUCAGGGUUUAAAAAUGAAUGCAACUGGGUUUGAGUUUCAUUUUGCAUGGCGCACAGAAUCACGAGAAGAGUUGCAUCCUGCCGUACUGAAACAGCCUGCAGUUAAUGUGAUACAUUGUCUUAUAAUGGACUUCAGAGUGCCUUUUUUCAUCUACUCCAAGUAAUGGUGGUGUUUGCGUCUUCGUGCUCCUUAUUGUGAUCAAAAUGAAAAUCAACCCACUGCAUCCAUUAAUACAUUUCUAAUUAAAGGAGGUUGCUUGUGAUAAUCCCUCUAUAUUCUUGUCAUCAAAUCCCAUAAAAAGCCCCAAACCAACAGUGAGUUAGUCCAUCUCUCAAUACUUCCUGACUUCCUCAGCCUAUCUGCAUCCACAUGGCCAUAAAUCUUUAAAAACACGCCAGAAAUGUAUAGUUUGAGUUUCAAAAAUUGCUCUGUCUGUGUCAAAAACAGCUAGACACUGUAGUUUUUUUAUUUUAGCAAAUAUUCCUCAAACAGGAGAAAAUAUUAGUUUGGGACUAUUUUCUGAGGCAGAUUAAUUAACACACAUAAUUUGGUGACUUAGUAAGUAUUUAGAGCAGCAGGGCGGUGUAUAUGUGACUGACUGUCUCACUCAUGGUAAUGAAGAAACAUGUCAGCCAGUGCAACAGUGUGGCUCAUUAAUGUGUUUCUAAUAGUUUUUGGACAACAGUGGAGCUUUUUGCAGGAAGAAUAUAUCAGACAAGCCAGUGCUUGUAAUCGUAUCUCACCUUCUGCUAAGUGAUGGAUGGAAAUUGGAGUAUGUUGUGAUAGAGGACAUGAGUUGUUCAUUUGUGUGAAGGAUCAUCAGCUUAAUACUGAAGAGCAGCUUAAGACACUUCCAUGUGAAGGAAUGUUUUUUUUAAGAAAUGAGUUGCUGUCAACACCUUUUUAAUGUUUGUUUUUUUUGCACUAGCCACAAUCAUGGAAUUCCUCCAGUAACUUCCUUAGAACAGAUGAAUAAGUGAAUUAUGUGUACUGGGUGUAUUUGUCCACAUUUUUCAGUCUGCAAAUAUCAGUCUGUUGUCUGUAAAUACAUUUUAUGUGGCUCUGCUGAGUGGAAUCGUGAAUAUGUGCAGUAUGCCAGAAAACACAGAUCAGAAGCACUAAUAAAUUAUGUAAAAUACUGUGUUUUACAUCCAAACACCUACUGUAUUAAAAUUCAUGUUGAAUUCA